AUGAAAGCAUAACAAGCAGCAACUCUUUUAUUAGAAGAGACUCUUUUUCAAGUUGACUUGAGAGCUGAAUAACUUAAAAGUUAUUUGGAGAAAGUUACUAACACAGUUAAUGGACAUUCAUCAUAUCUAAAUAACUUAUAAAUCUAAUUGAAUCAAGUAUUAAAAUUGCAAGAUGUAUGAUUAAAUUUAUUUAUAUAUAGUAUGAAUCCUAUUUAUAGAGAACAGCUAGAUCUAUGUCUUUACGUGAUCCUGAAUUCGAAUAAUAGGUUUCUUUUUAGUUGGAAAAACCAUUGGCUGAAAAUGGAUCAGAUUAAAUAGAGAAUUCAAUUUGUAUGGUAAUAAACAAAGAACGAGUAUUCAGUUAAGGAAUGGCUUAUCUAUUCAAGAGAAGUAAAGAUUGGGAAGCUAAACUUAAUAAAUUGGAGGGUGAUCUAAUGAAAAGAGCAUUGAAAGAUGAUUUAGAUAAGGGUUUGAAAGAACAGAAAACUAAAUUAUCCGAUCAAAUUGAUGAUUUAAAUAAGAAACUUACUAAACGAUUUUAGGAUUAGGAGAGAUAAGCAACUUAAAAUUAAAAUCAGUUACAAUAAAGUAUUAAUGAGUUAGAGAAAAAAACAUUGUGGAAAAUUAGUGAUUGUGAAAAGUUAUUAUAGUAAAGAAUAAAUGAUAAGUUUGUUGAAACAUCUUGUUAAGGUGUUUAUGAUAGAGUAAUGAGAGACAUUGCAAAAUAAAAAGAUGAAGGAAUUAAGGGAAUUUAAAAUGAAAUGGCUGAAUUAAAAGCAAAAUUUUAAUAUAAUGAUGAAAGAAAUCAAGAUAAUUUUAAAACAUUAAGAAUAUAAUUGAAAGAAAUGAAUGAUACAAUUUAAUAGAAAUAUACACCUCUUGAAAAAUUUGAUUAAACUAAAUAAAUAUUAAGUGAUAGAACAGUUGAUUUAUAAAAUAAAGUAGGAGAAUUAUCUAGAAAAAUGGAUAAUAUUUUAUAAUUAGAAAAAUUGAUACCAUAAAUUAAAUUAAUGGAUGAUAAGAUUAGUGAUUGUUAAUAUAAGGGAGAAUAAAAUAGAAAAGAUAUAGAAGAAUUAAAAAUUAAGACUGAAAACUUUAGUGGAUAAACCAAAGGAGGAAAAAGUGAUAUUGAUCCUCAUAAAGUUUGUUCAUUAGAAGCUGAUAUUAAAAGAUUAAAAAGUGAUUAUACAGAUUAAGAAAAUAAAUUAAGAUUAAUAGAAAAUGAAUUGAAAAGAAAAAUAGAUGUAAAUGAAUAAAGAUUCUUAUAAUAAUUAAAUCUAUUGAAAUAAGCUCCUUAAUAAUAAUAAUUAUCUAAAGAAGAUAUUAUUUCUAUUAUUGAUAAAGAGAUAUCAUAACCUAUGAGUUUAUUAAGAGCUAGAAUUUUAUAAGUUGUUGGUUAAGCUUGUGGUGAAAAUAUGUCUUUUGAGAUGUUCAUAAGGAAUCUUUUAAAUGAUAUUGCUGAUUUAAAGAAAAAGAUGGAAGGGUUACAAGAUCUUGAUAAGAAAAUGAGAAAGUAUAUGAAAUAAAUGACAUCAAAUGAUAAUACUGAUUUAUAAAAAUAAUUGGCAGAGUAUUUAAUAAAUUAUAUAUUCUUUAGAAAAGCUAAUGAAGAAGAUACCAAAGCUAAAUUCACUGCUUUAGAAGAGAAAUACAAAACUAUGGCUGAAAAUUAUGGCAUCUUAGCUAAAGGAAUGAAAGAAUUAGAAGAAUUUUCAAACUAUUUACAAACAUUACUUUAGUAUAUUUCAUAGAUAUAUUUAGUGUUAAUCAAUAAGAAACUGUGAGUAUAUUAACAGGAAAUCAUAGAGUUGUUACUUAGAGAUGUUUAGUAUGCACAGGAAAAACUAAAUUAACAAAAACUGUAGAUGUAAUUAUUAUAAAUUUAAUAUAGAAAAGUUAAGAUUUGAAUUAAGCUAAAUUAGUUAGGGGAGAUUUAAGACCAAAAGAUUUACUUUAUGAAAAUUCUGAAGUUUAUGAAUUAAGUAAAUUAUAUUCUUAAUUUUAGAUCCAAAUUAAGUGAAUUACACUUCAGAUAAUUAGAAAUAUGUUGGAACUACUGUUGGAUUUAAAUAUCCAAUGCUUAAUUAGAAUAAAGCAAGUAAUUAAGGCAUUUCUAAUUUUAAGAUGAUCCUUCUUCUAGUUCAGGUAGAAUGGUAAGACCAUAAAGUGCUACACAAAAAAAAUAUUGA